AUGGUUCUAUCAUCCCAAUCCCAAACAGAACUACCUUUAAACGAAAACGAUUCACAAGACAUGGUAAUAUACCAAGUCCUAAACGAGGCUAAUGCUCUAAGCAACACAUUUCUCCCACAAAGAAACCACCAUCAUCAAUCUCAGAGUGGCUUAGAACCAGCAAAAGCUAUCACCAAGAAGCACUACAGAGGAGUUCGGCGUCGUCCGUGGGGGAAAUACGCGGCCGAGAUUCGCGACUCGGCUCGUCAUGGAACAAGAGUCUGGCUUGGAACUUUUCAAACGGCUGAAGAAGCUGCCAUGGCUUAUGAUAGAGCUGCUUUUGAAAUGAGAGGGUCCAAGGCUUUGCUUAAUUUCCCAGCUGAAAUUGUUGCUGCAGCUUCCAUGAAAAUUGAACUCCCUAUUUCAAAACUCAACUUGAAUAAUCAUAAUCAUAAUCAUAAUCAUGAUUCAUCACAAAAUUGA